UGAAAUAGCAGGAAGGAAAAAAAUUACAAGAAACUCGAAAGUUUAAUACACACACAAAGAGAGCCCAUUCUCUCUCUCUCUCUCUCUCUCUCUACACUUGCACACAUAAAGAGAAAGCUGAGCUCCACCCAAGACCAAGAGAGUGUGUUAAAACUAAAUCAGAGUAAAACUAGAAACCAAAACUAAACCAAUGGGGGAGGAGGAGAAAAAAAUGGAGGAGAAAAAGCCAGAGGAGGUGAAGAAGCCAGAGGCAGAGGAGAAGAAAGAAGAGAAGAAAGAAGAAGAGAAAAAGCCUGAAGCUGAGGAAAAGAAGGAAGAGAAGAAGGCUGAUGCUGCUCCUCCACUGCCACCGCCACCUCAAGAAAUUGUGCUCAAAGUUUAUAUGCAUUGUGAAGGCUGUGCUCGCAAGGUCAAGAGGCGUCUCAAAGGCUUUCAAGGGGUGGAAGAUGUGAGCACAGAUUGCAAGACUCACACGGUGGUUGUGAAGGGUGAGAAGGCUGAUCCAAUUAAGGUUCUUGAGAGAGUUCAGAGGAAGAGUCGUGGACAGGUUGAGCUUCUCUCUCCAAUCCCAAAGCCACCAGCUGAGGAGAAGAAGCCUGAAGAGAAAGAGCAACCCAAGCCAGAGGAAAAGAAAGAAGAGCCUGUGGUUAUCACAGUGGUGCUGAAGGUUCACAUGCAUUGUGAUGCUUGUGCACAAGAAAUCAAGAAACGCAUUCUGAGAAUGAAAGGAGUGGAAUCUGCUGAACCAGAUCUAAAGAGCUCAGAAGUGACAGUAAAGGGUGUGUUUGAUCCACCCCAGCUAGUAGAGUAUGUGCACAAAAGGACUGGGAAGCAUGCUUCCAUUGUGAAACAAGAACCAGAAAAGAAAGACAAAGAAGAAGCCAAAGAGGAGGAGAAAAAAGGUGGUGAAGAAGGUGACAAAGAUAAGAAAGGUAAAGAUGAAGAGGCAAAACCAGAAGAGAAGAAAGGUGAUGAAGCUCCACCUGCUGCUGCUGCUGCUCCUGAUGCUGCUGCUGCUGCAGAAGGAGGAGCUGCCACAGAAGAGACCAAGGUGGUGGAGCUCAUGAAGAAAAAUGAAUAUUAUUAUUACCCACCAAGGUAUGCCAUGGAGUUGUAUGCCUACCCACCUCAGAUCUUCAGUGAUGAGAACCCAAAUGCCUGCUCUGUUAUGUAAAAAAAUAGCAAUGCCAAGGGUAGAAUGGGGACAUGGGUUGAAAAAUGUUCAAUUACAAUAUGUUCUUGGCCUACUACUGCAUCUGCAUGUGCCCUUUGUGUUACUGUGUAGUUUCUUUCUUGCUCUGAACUUUCAUCUAUCUACAGAGAUGAGCUGUGGAAUUUUGUUAGGCUGCUGCUGCUGCUGCAUGUAUUUACCUUUUUAGUUGGUAACUUGUGUUAUAUAAAAUAUAUAAUAUAAAACAAUAAUAAUAACUAUAUCAUAGUAUAUAAUGACAUGUAAAUACAAAUCAUUGUGCUUUUAACCAAAUCUUUUAUCUGGCCCGGCCAGAUUUUGGAGUU